CCCUCCCCCUCGCUCACACGCCCCCACAAUUUACCACCCCCCCAACCCCAACCCCAAGAGGCGGAUGAGGAAACACGCCGCGACGCGACCCGGCCCCGCGACGUGGACGCCCCGGACGCGGUCGGGGGACGCGCCAUAAAACAAACCGACGCCCGGGUCGUGGUGGGCCCCACCCCGUCAGUGACACCGGGACGGGGUGGGCGUGCCGACCAAACAGCGCGGGCACGCACGCAUAGUCGAGGUGCUCGAGGCGAAGGAGGAGGAGACGAGACGAGCCAAAAGAGAGGAAGAGGAAGAGUCAGAGAGAGAGGAGGGCUACUCGCCUCGUCGGAGGAGAUCGCGAUGAGGAGGGCGAGGCUGCCGCCGGCGGCGGCGAUGGCGGGGGUGGGGGUGGGGGAAGGGGAGGUGAGGUACCGUGGGGUGAGGAGGCGGCCGUCGGGGAGGUACGCGGCCGAGAUCCGGGACCCGGCGAAGAAGACCCCGAUCUGGCUCGGCACGUUCGACUCCGCAGAGGCCGCCGCCCGCGCCUACGACGCCGCCGCGAGGUCGCUCCGCGGCGCCGCCGCGCGCACCAACUUCCCCCCCUCCACCUCCUCCUCCGCGCCUCCGCCUCCGCCGCCGCAGCAUCAGCCGCCGCAGCAUCUCCCUCCCGCGGCGGCGGCGGCGACGUCUAGCCACAGCAGCACGGUCGAGUCGUGGGGCGUCACGGUCGCCGCCGCGGCCGCCUCCGCCGGAGCUCUCGGGCUGCCGCCGCCGCGCAACGGCGGCAGCAACCCCGCCGCCGACGAGGACUGCCGCAGCUACUGCGGCUCCUCUUCCUCCGUGCUCUGCGAGGACGGCGCCUCGGGCGCCGGCGACGAGGCCGCCGCCCCGCGCUGCUCGCCGCUGCCGUUCGAUCUGAACCUGCCGGCCUCGUCCCCAUCCGCCGCCGCCGCCGCCGAAGCCGACGAGAUGGAUUGGCGCUGCGACACGCUGCUCCACCUCUAGCCUGCACACGACCAGCCGUCUCCAGCAAUCUCCGGCGAACUCUAGCCUACGACGACCACGACCACGACCAACCAGCAAGCAGCAAGAACCGACGAACUGGUACUGGAUUGCUGUGCUCCAAUCCAACCAUCGCCAUUGCUGCUACUGCGAAGAAGCUCUCUACCAUCUCCUCCAUAGACACGGAUAAUUAUUUCUUCUUUUUUUCUUUUUGUUUUCGUUUUCUUCUAUCUCUUUUUCACCACUCAGGAUUUGAUACUCCUCUUAUGUGAUAAUGUGAAUAACUUUAUCAUGUAAACCGUGAGUAAAAUUCGGUAUUUCCGCCGCCUCUCUCGUGCAUCUCUGUAUCCAAAAGGGGGAUGCUGCUGCUGCUGCUGCUUUCAGUUGUACCAAUAGAUAGAAAAUGGUAGAGAAGAUGAGAAAAUUUGGUUCAAAAUUUGUAACGUAAACGUUAUCGGAAUACACUGGGAUUAGAAAGAAAAUGAGAGAGAAGAAUUUUGUUU